CUAACCACCUUCGAUCACCCGAAUUCCCGAGGAUCCCGAUCAAUCAAAGUACAACCCGGACGGACUUGUCUGGUCUCGCUCCAGUAACUAAUGGAUGACUGUAGCAAUAAUAUUAGUAGAUAUCAAGAAGAGACUACUGACCCAGUUCAAUUAAAUGAACACGAUCAGGCUAUUCUCGUCAAACAAAAUUCACGGAUGGUUUCAUCAUUCAAAGCACAAGAAAUUGAAAAAAAUUCAAAAAAACAUUGGGAUAUUUUUUAUAAGAAUAACGGAAACCGUUUCUUCAAAGAUAGGCACUGGACCACUAGAGAGUUUUCUGAAUUGAUUGGAGAUGACGUUCAUAAAAAACAUAUAUUAGAAAUUGGAUGUGGGGUUGGAAAUCUUAUAUAUCCACUUCUUGCAGAUGGAUUGAAUGCUAUGUUUUAUGCAUGUGAUUUUUCGCCAAGAGCUAUUGAAUGCUUGAAAUCAAAUCCUUCUUAUGAUCCAUCAUUCAUUAAUGCAUUUAAUUGUGAUAUUGUUACGGACGAAUUGAUCACCAGAAUACCUGAAAACAGUUUGGAUUUGGUCACUGCCAUAUUUGUAUUGUCAGCUAUUCAUCCAGACAAUCAUCAAACAGUUAUAUCAAAUAUUUACAAAGUCUUGAAAUAUGGAGGACUAUUAUUAUUUCGAGACUAUGGAAUUUAUGACAUGGCACAAUUAAGAUUCAAGCCAGGACACAAAAUAGCAGACAAUUUUUACAUGCGUCAAGAUGGUACUAGAUCAUAUUUUUUUUCAAUUGAAUAUUUUAAAAAUCUAAUGGAAACUAAUGGGUUUGUAGAAUGUUCUAAUAAGUAUGUGUGUAAAAGGACAGUUAAUAUAAAAGAAGAUGUUGAUGUACCAAGGCGAUUUAUUCAAGCUACUUUUUCCAAGCAAGUGUCUACAGAUGUCUAAUAACUGCUGUCUGACUAACAUAUUUGAAUAUAUUAUGAAACUUUACGAUUGGUUAUUAUAUUCAUACAAUUUAGCUUAAAAAUAUAUCCUGAUU